AUGUCGGACGAGGACAAGAUGACUCCCAGCAAAUCGGCAGCUGGCCCUAAUAGUCCUAAACCGGAGUCGCCGACUACUGCGCGUCCCUUGGAUUUCGAUGAUGAACCUCAAGAAACCGGUGUUACCACUGCCCCUCCCCAGCAAACUGGUACAGAAGCUGCCCCGCCAAAGCCACCCCGUCCAGUGAGCCCGCGGCAACAGGCAGAGACCACCCUCAAAGAAGCCUUUCCCACCAUCGAAGCAUCUGUCGUCAGGGCAGUUUUGGUAGCCAGCAACUGGGAUGUCGAACGGGCUUUUCAUGCUCUGCUUGGCAUGACCGACCCCAACGCUCAGCAAGAAGACAUAGCGCCUCCAAAGCCUCCUCGUCCGUCUGCGGCGCAGAGGCAAUUGGAAGCGGAUGAGCUGUAUGCCCGUCAACUAGCCGAACAUUACAACCGUCGUGCGCCGCAAACCCGCUGGGAUGAAUCUCGACAUGACAGGGCCAGAAGAGGAAGCGAUCAGUCGGAGGAGCGGGAAUAUAGCUUUUUUGAUGAUGAUCUUCCGGUAAUCCGCGAGAACAUUCGCAAGGGGUUCCUGGAGACUCAGUCCAAAGUGAACUCUUGGGUCCAGAAUCUCAAAAAGCGUCUUGACGGUGAAGAUGUCGAUGAGGGACCAUCUAACCAGCGCUAUGGUGAAGGCCAAGGUUACAGUCGACCAAGAAGGAGUGGCGAUAUGGGUCGUCGCAGCGGUGACCGCGAACGUUAUGAUGCUGACCCUCAGCUGUUGAGCGACGACUUCUCUGCACUGGAACUGAGAGACUCUGAAGCACCUCCACCACAACCACCCAGGAGACCACUUGCCAACCCAAAUUUGUACAAAUCAGCGUCUCCCUCACCUGACAGACGUAAGGUAUCUUUCCAGGAGGGUCCGCCAUCUGAGAUUGGCAAUCUUUAUGAUACUUCCGACCCGGCCAAACGCACGUCCACCGGAGGCAAGUCGAGCAAAUGGCAGCCGCUGGCCACAGUGGAGCCAUCGCCUGUCGCAGAGAAUGAUCCGUUCAGCCUGGGAGACAGCGAAGAUGAGAGAGAUACUAAGGGCAAAGAGCAGAAUAACGCUGACGAAGCUGAUCGUAUCAAGAAGGCUACAGCAGAGGCGAUGGCCGGUGAGCUUGGUUCUAUAAAGGAUAAGGAUCAGACAGAGACUGCUGGAAAGUCAUAG